AUGGCCAGCAGUGGCGCAAGAGGUGCUGUCGACUACCUCUCCCUCCCUCCCAUCUCUCCACUGUCCCCGCUCUUCCCUCUCCCGCAACGCGGCAAGCAGCAGCAGCAGCAGCAGCACGGACGAGCCGAGAUGAGCAGCAACAGCAGCAGUAGCCCAGCGGCGGCCGCUGCCGACGCCAUGUUCUCGCCGGGCCGGCCGCGGGACGACGUCGGGCUCGACUCGGACAGCGGCACGCUGACGCCGCACAAGGAGACGCUACCCGCGGGACCCGGAGGGGGGCCUAUCGCCGGGCGGCGGGACGACCACCAACAAGCCCGCGUUCCGGCCGACGAGAGAGUUCCUGCUGGCCUUCACGGCGCUGGCCAUCAUCUCGCUCGGGCUGCCUUCGACGCCACGAGCCUGUCGGUGGCGCUGCCCACCAUCAGCGUCGCGCUAGGCGGGUCGGCGCUCGAGGCCUUCUGGUCCGGCACCUCGUUCCUGCUCGCCAGUACGGUGCUGCAGCCCACCGUGGCCGGGCUGAGCAACAUAUUCGGGCGCAAGAAUGGAGUCGGCGGCGGCGGCCUCAUCGCGCUGACCGAGGUGGUCAUCACGGACCUGGUGCCGCUGCACGCGCGGGGCACCUGGUUCUCGGUGCUGAGCGCCGUGUGGAGCGUCGGGACCGUGUCGGGCCCGCUGAUCGGCGCCGGCUUCGCGCAGAACGUGAGCUGGCGCUGGAUCUUCUGGAUCAACCUGCCCAUCAUCUUUUUCGCCGGCGUCUUCGUCGUCCUCUUCCUCAACCAGGCGCCCAUCCCGGGCGGGCUGCGCGCCAAGCUGGCCGCCUUCGACUGGGCCGGCUCGGUCGCCUUCACGGCCAGCUCCACGGCGUUCCUGUUCGGCAUCACGACGGGCGGCAUCAUGCACCCCUGGUCGUCGUGGCGGACCCUGGUGCCUGUCGUCGUGGGCGCCGCCGGCGUGGCCGCGUUUGGGGUGUACGAGUUCAAGUGGGCCAAGCAGCUCAUUGUCAGCAGGCGGAUAUUCAAUAAUUGGGACAUGAUUGUCAACUACAUCAUGACCGUCUUCCACGGCGCCAUCUUGUGGUCCAUUGUCUUUUUUCUCCUGUUAUACUACCAGGCCGUCAAGCUUGUGAGUAGCCGUCACCUCCUUGAUGAGAUGCCUCUACCGGCAAGAAACAGAGACAUUUUGCUAACGCCCAACCACUGCGGUACUCCCCCGUCGUCUCGGCCGUCGCCGCUCUCCCCGAGACACUGACGAUUGCUCCCGCCGGCAUGGUUGUUGGAAUCGUGGCCGCCUUGACCGGUCACUACCGCUGGUCAAUAACAAUAGGCUGGGCUCUCACUACGCUGGGGUGCGGCCUGCUCUGGCUCCUUUCUCCAGACACUUCGGUGGCGCAGUGGAUCUGGCUCAACAUCCCAGUCGGCCUCGGCACAGGAAUGCUCUUCCCCGCCAUGGCCCUCUCGAUCCAGGCGGCGUGCGAGCCCGAGAUGAACUGGCAGGCCGCCGCCUUCUUCUCGUUCCUGCAGACCUUCGGGCAGGCCAUCGGGGUGGCCGUGUCCGGGUCCAUCUUCCAGAACGCGUUCCGGGGCCGGCUGGCGGCGCUGCCGGUGUAUGCCGGCGUGGCCGACGGCUUCUCGCGCGACGCCACCGUCAUCGUCGAGUUCAUCAAGAUCAUGCCCGAAGGGGACAACAAGCGCGACCUGAUCGUGGCCUACAACGAGGCGCUGCGCGCCAUCUGGGUCACGUCGCUCGCCUUCGCCGCCAUCUGCUUCGUGCUGAGCCUCACCAUCAAGGGCUACACGCUGAACCAGGACCACAUCACCGACCAGGGCCUCGUCAAGUCCGACGACAGGGACAAGGGCAGGCCGGCGGGCAAGGAGGCAAGGGAGAGCGUACACGGCAGAGGGGUCUACGACUAGGCGUGGGCGGACACGAAGAGUGGUGAUUUGCGCGGCUGAGGCAGCCAUGGCUGUUGGGGCAUUACCGAACCCGAAAUGCAAACACGAGCAAUAAAUUUGGCGGGCUUUUGUGUGUGAUGGCGUUUGUCUAGAUGUGGACCUGGCUUGGCUGGCAAUA